CCUCAUUAAUUAGGAAAUAGGCAAUGAAAUGCAUUUUACUCGAUUAAAAAACAUGCCGUGAGCGAUUAGCACGCACUUCUAUUACGCACGCACCCUCCCCGACGUUGUUUUUCGAAAUUUCCGCCAAACUGACAGUUAACAUGUUUCAGUGAGAAGCUAACCUCAAUUUUACAUCAUUCAUGUUUGUAACAAAAUUUUAAGUACACAAAAAUAAUCAUCAGUGAUAUGUCUACAAAGAUCAAAUUGUAUUUAGGACGUAAGGUAAUAGAAAGUCUUCGGCAAAGCCCAAACAUAAAUCCAGUCCAACUAAAACCAUUAAUACAAAUAGGAAAUCCGCCAUCAGACAACCAUAUAGAAUUUUAUCUGCCCAUAAACGCGAUCGAACAGUAUUUGGGUAUCGCAAGUGUGAAUGAUAUUCUCAAAAUUCAACCGGAUGAUAUUAUUAAAAACAUUCACUGCGUAAAAGACAGGGCGAAUCGAAAAAUCAGCUUCGAAAUUAAUAGAGAUAUCUUUGUUAAAGAUGUGAUCGAAAAUUCCGCCGCCCCAGAUGUCAACUUAACUCCGAAGAAUAUCGUAAUCGAAUAUAGUUCACCCAACAUAGCCAAACCGUUUCACGUCGGACACUUGAGAUCGACAAUAAUCGGAAAUUUUCUCGCGAACUUACACACUUACUUAAAUCACAAAGUGACGCGGUUGAACUAUUUGGGAGAUUGGGGAACUCAGUUUGGAUUUAUAAGAGUUGGCGUCAAUAAGCUCAAUUUUACAGAGGAGGAUAUUAAACAAAACCCUACGCAAUUACUUUACGAGUCGUACGUACACGCCAAUCAACUGGCAGAGUCAGACCCGAAAAUUAGCGAACUCGCCAGGGGCUACUUUGCGAAAUUGGAAAGCGGGUCGGAGGCAGACUUACAGGUAUGGCGGUCAUACAUUGAUUAUACCAUUUCGGAUUUGCAAGCGACGUACGACAGGUUAGGAGUCAAAUUUGACGAGUAUAAUUACGAGUCGAUGUAUAACGUGAGUCACAUAAAAAGCGUGCUCGAUGCGCUUUCAAGUAAAAAACUUCUCAACGUUGACACAGAUGGAAAGGUAAAUGUAAACGUGAACGACAGAAAUAUCUGUUUGAUUAAGAGUGAUGGAAGUUCCUUAUAUCUGACGAGAGAUUUGGCGGCCGCCAUAGAUCGAUUUAGCAAGUUUAAUUUCGACCAAAUGUAUUAUGUUGUCGAGAAUGGUCAAAAUGAUCACUUCAACUCGCUUAAGGGUUUAUUACACCUUAUGGAUGUGCCAUGGUCGGAUCGUAUCAAGCAUAUUAAAUUUGGACGGAUUCACGGUAUGAGCACACGGAAGGGGAAAGUAGUUUUCUUACGGGAUCUCCUGAAUGAAAUUCAAGAUUUAAUGUUGGAAAAGCAGAUGGAAUCGCCAAAUACGAAAGUACCUAUAACAAAUGGCGAAAUUUCCGAUGUACUUGGAGUGUCAUGCGUUAUUGUGAAUGAUUUGAAACAACGAAGACAGAAAGAUUAUACGUUCAGUUGGGAUCAAGCAUUGCAAGUACAGGGCGAUAGUGGCGCAAAGUUGCAGUAUACCCAUUGCCGUUUGUGCAGUUUGGAAGAGAAUUCGGGAGCGGUACCUGUGCAAGUUUGUAAACCCGAAUUCCUGGAGCAGCCCGACGUUACCGCUCUCGUGCGGGAGUUGGCGCGUUUUCCAGAUGUAUUGCACAAAGCCCAAUCGCAGAUGGAAGCUUGUGUGCUAGUGAGUUACUUAUUCCACUUAUGCAACUACAUUAACCGUGCCUUUAAGACGCUACAGGUGAAAGAUCAAGAGCCCGAGCUCGCCUCUCAACGACUGCUCCUAUUUUCGUCAGCGCGAGACGUCUUGGGACAAGGCAUGCAAAUAUUAGGACUGAAACCACUCACGAAAAUGUAACUUUAAUAACGAUGAUUAAAAAAAAAUAGUAAAACAUUAACGCUU